AUGGGUCUACUUGAUUCAUUUUUCGAUUGGCUUGGUUUUGGUAAACGUGAAGUUAAUGUAUUAGUAGUUGGUUUAGAUAAUAGUGGUAAAUCAUCACUAUUAAAUUAUCUUCGACCACGUGAAACUCAAACAGAUUUUAUUGCACCAACAGUUGGUUUUAAUCUUGAACAUUUUGUAUGCAAAGGUUUAUCAUUUACUGCAUUUGAUAUGAGUGGACAAAGUCGUUAUAGAACAUUAUGGGGAAAUUAUUAUCGUACAACGAAUGGCAUAAUAUUUGUCGUUGAUAGUUCAGAUAAAACACGUAUUCUUGUUGCUCGAGAAGAACUUCAACAAUUACUUUCACAUCCGGAUAUAUCAUCACGCAAUAUUCCAAUAGUAUUUUUUGCUAAUAAAAUGGAUAUACGUGAUGCUUUAUCGGAUGUUGGUGUAUCAUCAGCAUUAGGUCUUGAUGGUGUUACAAAUAAAUCUUGGCAUAUAUGUUCUAGUAAUGCACUUAAAGGUGAAGGUGUAGCUGAUGGAAUUGAAUGGUUAAGUUCAGCUAUUAAAUCUUCACUUGAUCAAGCCCGGCGAUGA